AGCGGCUGGUGACUUCGUGGAAACAUCAAGGCAGUUUUCUUGGGAAGAGCACGGAAGCGGUUUUUGGCCUUGACCGGGAUGCUUCUCACAUAGCUUUGGGAUUUCCAAGUGGUCCCCUAUCCACGUAGGAACCAGCCCGGACCCUGAUUAACUUGCGCUUUGGUAAAAAGAGUGGAGCGAUUGGCGAUUUGCAAAAGUCGUCGUAUUUCUGGUUUUUAUUUUUCAUUUUUCCUCGUGAUAACAAUCGGGAGAAAAGGAGGAGAAAAGCGAAACGCAAAGGCUCCUCUCGCGGCUCCCCCCGCCCGCGCGGACUGGAGCGGAGUGACUCUUAGGGCGGCGGGACUCGACCCUCCCGCGGCGCUACAUAAAAGGCCGGGGGACGGGCGGGGAAAGAAGUCGAAGCGGCGGACCCAGCAACGCGCCGUCUGCGGGCUCUCUUCAGCUGUAUCAGCUGCCGCCUCUUUUCUCUCCGUCCUCCCUUCUUUUCCUUCUUCCUUCCUUCCUUCUUUCCUCUCUGCGAGCCUUCCUCCCGUUUUCUGCCCGUUGUCUUUCCGUGCCUUCGUCCUCCUCUUGGGCCGUGAUGCCUCCCAAUCUCAGCGGCUACUACCGCUUCGUGUCUCAGGACAAUAUGGAGAAUUACCUCCGUGCCUUGGAUAUCAAUGUGGCCCUGAGGAAGCUGGUUUGUCUCCUGAAGCCAGACAAGGAGAUCGUUCACACUGGUGACCAUAUGACUAUUCGCACCAUAACUUCUCUGCGAAACUAUGUCAUGGACUUUGACCUUGGGGUUGAGUUUGAAGAGGAUCUGGGGCCAGUAGAUGGACGCAAGUGCCAGACAACUGUUUAUUGGGAUGGAGAUCAACUGGUGUGUGAACAGAGAGGAGAGAAACAGAACCGGGGCUGGAGGCACUGGCUAGAAGGGGAUCAACUGCAUCUGCGCAUGACAGCAGAGAAUGAGGUUUGUGUCCAGGUUUUCCAGAAAGUGAAGUGACCUCAAACAUCGUGCCUACCAGUGAGAUGUGCCAACUUUCAGAUGGACCUGAUACUGGACACCAAGCCAGAUGGAGAGUCAAGCAAACUAUUCAUAUCUUUGCUUAACCUUUCAUCUGUGGAUUAAAACAAUAAAGAUGACCAAAUGUG